GUAGGCAAGUCAGUAGGUCGCGUAGGCAAGACCAUAGGGCACAAAGUACCAAGAACGACGUACGUAGGGCAGUCUGUCGCGUAGGGCAGUAGUUAGUCGGGCUGGUUCAAACGAUGGACUAUUCGACAAUUGUUUUUGACACGGCACCCACCGGUCAUACGCUUCGGUUGUUGCAGUUCCCAUCAACACUCGAAAAGGGCCUUGGGAAGAUGGUAGCAUUGAAGGCAAAGUUUGGCGGGAUCAUCGGUCAGUUCUCGCGGAUGUUCGGGAUGACCGAAGAGUUUGCGGAGGAUCAGGUGAUGGGGAAGUUGGAAAGCAUGAGGGCAGUGAUCGAGCAAGUGAAUGACCAGUUUAAGAAUCCGGACCUUACGACCUUUGUUUGCGUGUGCAUCCCGGAGUUCCUUUCGCUAUACGAAACAGAGAGGCUGGUACAAGAGCUUGCUAAGUUUGAGAUUGAUACACACAAUAUCAUAAUCAACCAGGUCAUCUACAAGGAAGAAGUGAUGGACUCGAAACUUCUUCAAGCGAGAGUGAAGAUGCAGCAGAAGUACCUGGAUCAAUUCCAUGACCUGUAUGAAGACUUCCACAUCACUAAGCUGCCUCUUCUUGAAGAGGAGGUUAGAGGCGUUGAUGCACUAAAGCAGUUUGCGAAACUGUUGCUGGAAGCGUAUCACCCGAGGCAGGCUGGAGGAUUAUCAUCUGACGCUAUGGAGGCUGUUUGUAGAGAAAAUGAAAUUCUCCGGAAGCGAGUAGCUGCUCUUGAAGAGGAGGUGAAGGCACUCCAGAAAGGGAAGGCUAAAUUGUAUGGAGAUUGAUCGUAACCGAAAAAAAAAGACAGCAGUUUGAGAACAUUGAUGCCAUCACAAGGUGGUUUAGCAGUGUGUUCAGGAUUCACCUGAGUGGAGGACUAGGAAGAAAGGCUCUCUUUUUCUUUUUCUUGUUCUUCUUUGUUAGUUUCCUGACAAUCUUUACGAAGCGGAUACUUAUCUUGUCUAGCAGGUAUGAGCUAAGGAUUGUUGUUUGUAGGUUGGUUAUCCUUUGUGACAGGUGGCGCGCUUAUUUCUCGGCUCCCGUGGUGCUCUUUUUUAUUGUGUCGGUUGGAAACAACUAGCUCACCGCUCUUGCAGCCGGUUAGUUCCCGAACCUCCUGUGCUUUUUUUACCCUUGAUUUUUUUUCUUUUGUUUUCUUUUUUAUUCAAUGGCUUGCCUGAUGCACCACCAUUCUUCGCAUGGUGCUCUUAUUGUGUGGGUUGGAAACAACUAGCCCUCGCCCGUUCUUGCAGCCGGUUGUGGGAGGUCAGGUCCUUGGUGGGAGGAUUGGUUCUUUGAAGCAGUCUGGCCCUUGUCAGUGUGUUUUUCUGUGACCGACACUCUUUCGAGGCGUGGCUUCUGUACUUUGCAUUGUCUAUUGUCUCUCCUUUUCUUGUUGGUUAUUCUAGUUUGUCUGGCCUUUCACAUGCAGAUCAUGCCCUUGACUAAUGCGAGGGUAGUGGAUAUGAGAAAAGGCUUAUCUUGGACACAGAGGAUGAGUUCCGGGCAGCCGUUGAAAGAGGAAAAGUAGGAGGGGCCUGGUUCAGCGAUGGUGAGGGGUGUUUUUUGGGGGGGAAUCGUCCUAGGGAAGUAAACAUGAGUGAUUCUGGAGCUCAGUUGUUGCAUGUGGCACUUGAAUUUUUGUUGUGUCUCUUGAAAUCUUCUUCCCAUGGAAUAAUUUUAGUGACGACUCCUCGUAUCGUUGGCAGCGACCUGCACGAGGACGUUUUUUGCAUUUUCAGCGGAGAAGAACCGUAAGGGAAAAUGUUUGCGUGUUUAUUCCGCAGGCAGGCACGUCUAAGGGGAAUGUGCAAUUAUUCAAGCAAGUGUGGGGGUCCCUCUUCGUAUCUAUUGAAUCUGAUGGUCCUGGCGGGUGCAGCAUUGUGAGUUUACCCUUCUCAAGGGACAAAAGAAGGGAGUAGCCGUGUUUGAGGCGCAUGAGCAAGCUCCUUGGUUUUGUCUGCUCAUGACGGCUGCAGGGCAUUCUCUUAUGUAGGUAAUGAUUGGUCUUCUAUGUCGUCGCCGCCUGUUGUAGGAUGCCAUUUCUUUCUGUGCCACGCACGCUUUUGCUUUUUUUUUUUUUUUUUUUUUUUUUUCCAGCCAAUUACCGCACCUGUACUGUUUCACUUUUUAUUCGUGCUGGGCAUGUUUCAACCCCCCCCCCCCCCACACACAAGUUUGCCAUUCUAGCAAAAAUAAUCGCCGAGUUCAAAGUUUAGACCUCCUCUCGAUCGUAUUGAGCGAGCUGUCCCCGGAAGAAAAGUUGUGAAUGAUCUCUGAUGAUCUGGUCUGAAGUUCUCUACUCAACGGCGUCAACGCACAUUUUGUGUGUGCGGAAACGGGAUAGAAGUAUAUUGAACUGGCUGCGUCGUGUUCUUCUAGCUCCUUUCUCUCCCCCGGGGAACCCGGAUUACUGCUUUGGUUCUUAAUCAUGGUGGUUUCGCUCACUCGCUAUGAAAGCUUUUGUCUUUUGUGAAAGGCUGUGUUGCAUCACAUUCGGUCAUCGAUGACAGUCUACUUACGGCUGGUGCUGAAGCUCGUCUUGGCCAUAUGUUUGGACAUCAAGCUCAGGUAUCAAUUGUGGUUUUGUACGUACCUAGCUGGACCUGCGCCACCAAAUGUGCGUGAGUGUUUGGUGUUGCAUCUUAUUCAUUCAUCGAUCACAAUCUACUUACAGCUGGUGCUGAAGCUCG